GCUAUGAUGACUAAUGAUGCCAUGGCACUCUACCCAGGGUGACAGCUUGAGACUGUCUGGAAAAAAAAAGAAAGAAAAAAGUGUCAGAUAGAAUACUAAAGUAUUUAAGGGGAAAAUGAUUUGAGAUGUGCCUUAGAAUUUCCCAGGAAAAGAAAGAAAGAAAAUUGGGGUGGUGGAAAAGAAUGAUGAAAAAUUAUGGCAUGGAGUUCAUGGGUGAGAGUCAUAUAAAGGACUUCCACCCUUUUGGCUCACUGAGCAUCGUCAUGGCGGUUGGCAAGAACAAGCGCCUUACGAAAGGCAGCAAAAAGGGAGCCAAGAAGAAAGUAGUUGAUCCAUUUUCUAAGAAAGACUGGUAUGAUGUGAAGGCACCUGCAAUCUUCAAUGUAAGAAAUAUUGGGAAAACACUAGUCACCAGGACUCAAGGAACCAAAAUUGCAUCUGAUGGCCUCAAAGGUCACGUGUUUGAAGUGAGUCUUGCUGAUCUGCAGAAUGAUGAAGUUGCAUUUAGAAAAUUCAAGCUGAUUACUGAAGAUGUUCAGGGCAAAAACUGCCUAACUUCCAUGGCAUGGAUCUUACCCAUGACAAAAUGUGUUCUAUGGUUAAAAAAUGGCAGAUUAUGAUUGAAGCUCAUGUUGAUGUUAAGAAUACCGAUGGUUAUUUGCUUCGUCUGUUCUGUGUUGGUUUUACUAAAAAACACAACAAUCAGAUACAGAAGACCUCUUAAUACCCAGCACCAACAGGUUCGCCAAAUCCGGAAGAAAAUGAUGGAAAUCAUGACCAGAGAGGUACAGACCAAUGACUUGAAAGAAGUUGUCAAUUAAUUGAUUCCAGAUAGCGUUGGAAAAGACAGAGAAAAGGCACGCCAAUCCAUUUAUCCUCUUCAUGAUGCCUUUGUUAGAAAAGUAAAAA